UCCGGUGCUAAAGGUUACGAGACAUGUGUACAUUUGUUCUUAUCUUACGACAUGUGUGUGUCGUUUGCAUAGUUGCAGUCUUUGUCAACAGUUUGAGCAACGCAGUCACAGACAAACCUGCAUGACUGAUGAGAAGUGAAUGUUUUUAAUAUUACCAUUGAAUAAUCCCAUUGAGUAUUCUAUCGUUUUUAUUAUCUGUUGUAAAAAGUGUUGCCGAAAAAUAUCGAGUUGAAAACAUAAAUGAUGUGGGCCGCGGUUUUACUGUGUCAACACAAAUAGAGUAGACGUGCGUCCAGAUCUGCAGUCUCUUUGCGAUAGCAGUCUUGUAUUCACAUUAAGUUAUCAGGGAUAAAAGAACUGCAUAAAACAACGUAUGGCAAGGAUAGAGCAACCGCCUCCAUGCCCAUGGUUUGGCAUGGACAUUGGAGGCACUCUGACCAAGCUGGUGUACUUUGAGCCUACGGAUCUCACAGAUGAUGAGGAGGGUGAGGAGCAUGAAACCAUCAGGACUAUACGCAAAUAUCUCACUGGCAAUAAAGCCUAUGGUAAAUCUGGCAUAAGAGACACCCAUUUGGAAAUGAAAAACCAAUCAUUUGAUGGGAGGACAGGGACUAUACACUUCAUAAGGUUCCCAACCGCGGGUAUGGGAGCUUUCAUUGAACUGGCUAAAGCUAAAAAUUUCCCCAGUGUGGCAGAAACUAUAUGUGCCACAGGAGGUGGAGCACACAAGUUUGAGCAAGAUUUCAAAAUGGAAGUCAAUUUGUCACUGAACAAACUGGAUGAACUAGACACCUUGAUCAAAGGAAUACACUACAUUGACAGAAAUAAUCCGGAUGAAUGCUACUAUUGGAAGCACCCCACAGAGCCAGAGAGGUGUGAAAAGGUGCCCUUUGAUUUCCGGGACCCCUACCCUUACCUGGUGGUCAACAUAGGGUCAGGGGUUAGUAUGCUGGCCGUCAGCUCUCCAACUGAAUACAGGAGAGUGACAGGGACCAGUCUAGGAGGUGGUACAUUCCUAGGUCUCUGCUGCCUGUUAACAGGGUGCGAGACAUUUGAAGAUGCCAUACAGCUGGCAGCCCAGGGGGACCACCACAGCGUGGACAAGCUGGUCAAGGAUAUCUAUGGUGGGGACUAUGAAAAAUUCCAUUUGCCUGGUGAUUUAGUUGCCAGCAGUUUUGGGAACAUGAUAUAUCCAGAUAAGAGAGACACUGUGUCAAAAUGUGAUUUGGCCAAAGCCACUCUGGUUACCAUUACCAAUAACAUUGGUUCCAUAGCACGAAUGUCUGCAGUCAAUGAAGGCAUAGAAAGAGUUGUGUUUGUUGGAAAUUUUCUGCGAGUGAACACCAUAUCUAUGAAACUCCUGGCAUAUGCAAUGGAGUAUUGGUCUAAGGGUGCAAUGAAGGCUUUGUUUCUGGAACAUGAGGGUUACUUUGGAGCAGUUGGCUGUUUAAUUGAUCUGGUCAGUGGUGGGGGUUAUUAGGUCAAUAACAGUGGAUGAAAAAAUACUUUGACUGGAUCAAAACUUUUGUUUUGAGUGUGUAACUGGGUUACUGUUGACACAGCAUUAUUGUAGUUGGGCCUGAAUAAACCUAGUAUAUGUUCUGUAUACCAUUAUUGUCUAGCACACAUCACUGCAUUUAACUAAUGUAUGUGUUCAGACUAUUGGAAAGUUGCAUCUGGAAAAAGUUACAUAAGUAAUAAACUGUGUUUGCAUUUACAAAAGGAUAUAUAGAUGCAAUACUUUGAACAUGUUUUCUAGGUAAUGACUAGGUCCAUGUAAACAAUUCUCAGUCAACUUUAUCAAAGUUGUGUUGAAAAAUAGUGUCCUUGGAAUUUACGUAAAUUUCAAAUUCACUGUUACAGUAGAGUAAGAAAAUGGUUUGAGUGAAAUAUGGUCUUGGUGACAAGAAUUUAUGCUCUGCAAAAUGAGGUCUCAUUUGC